UUUCCGCCACGACGGAAGGCGUGUGUGUAUAGCACGCAUCUGUCACCUAGUACCACGCGGAACGCACCAUGCUAGCGAAGGCUGUUCCUCGGCCGUGCUCCGGCGCUGGCCGCCAUGGCGCGCCAGCGGCGAGGCUGUGGUCCGUCGGCGUCGCCGGAGGUCCGAGGAGGGGAGGAGCCGGUGGCAGGCUCGUGGCGGCGGACGCAGGGGAGAGGAUGGCGGGGUCAGAAGCCGUGCCGGUGGUGGCUGUGGCUGCCGGGAAGCAGCCCGUCAAUGGAUCAGCCAUGGCAGAUAAAUUUCUCACCAUGUGCAACACAUGGUGCAUUAACAUAUUUGUGGAUGUCCAAUCCUCAAAACCAACCCCACCAACUUGGUCCCUGAUGGAGUAUGAGCAACAACCAGGACGAAAGCCAUGCACGGAUAAGAACGGUUUGGGUAUCGACAAGCUUGUGACCUCAACUGUUGGGAAAUCGACAAACGUUCUUUGGCAUGACUGUCCAAUAGGUCAGUUUGAGAGGCAGGAACUGCUAAAUCAGAAGGGUUGUGUUGUGUGGAUAACAGGGUUAAGUGGUUCAGGGAAAAGCACACUAGCAUGCGCGCUAAGUCGCGAGCUGCACUCCAGAGGUCAUCUGACCUACAUUCUAGACGGUGACAAUCUAAGGCAUGGGUUAAACCGAGACCUCUGUUUCGAAGCAAAGGACCGUGCUGAAAAUAUACGCAGAGUAGGAGAAGUAGCAAAGCUGUUUGCAGAUGCUGGUCUGAUCUGCAUUGCUAGCUUGAUAUCACCCUACAGAAGUGAACGCAGCGCUUGCCGCAAAUUACUGCACAAUUCUACAUUCAUCGAGGUGUUUUUGAAUGUCCCACUUGAAGUUUGUGAAGCUAGGGAUCCAAAAGGCUUGUACAAGCUUGCCCGUGCAGGAAAAAUCAAAGGGUUUACUGGAAUUGAUGAUCCUUAUGAAGCACCUUCUGACUGCGAGAUAGUGAUACAGUGCAAAGCUGGUGACUGCGCCACGCCUAAAUCGAUGGCUGAUCAAGUUGUGUCAUAUCUUGAAGCAAAUGAGUUCUUACAGGAAUAGAGACGUAUGCUAUGGAUGAAAAAACAUUCUGAAAUUGGAUCGCCAAGGGAUGUGAAAUAUGAGGUAGUAUUUAUGUCUAGAAAGAGUGAUGAUAGUAUGAGAACAUAUAUAUUGACAUAAAGAUCGAAUCUGUACAUCAUUAUAAUAAAUUGAAAUGUUUUGACGCAA